AUGCAGGACGGCAGCAGCAGCGCGCGUGAGCUGCUGCGCGCCAGCGCCACGGACGCCGACGCCGUGCGCCAGUACCUGCAGUCCAUCGACGCGGACGAGCUCAACGGCCUGCUGGACGGCAUCGCCCCGCGCGACGCCAAGCGCAAGGCCCAGAAGGGCGCGUUCGUGGUGCAGGACGACUGGCUGCCGCUCGUGCACCUGCUGGCGCAGUGCGAGGCCACGCGGCUGCGCGCCGCCUCGCGCAUCAUCCAAGUGCUGCGGCGCGGCAGCCCCAGCGAGCUGGAGAGCAUGCAGCUGCUCACGGAGGUCACGCUCGGCUACGCGCGCGCGCUGGACGAGCUGCAGGAGCAGCAGAGAGGCAGCGGCAACAGCAGGAGGGAUAGGAGGCGGCGGCUGCUGCUGGACGAGAUCCGCGUGGUGCUGGACAUCGUCUUCUCCUUCCUGACGGAGGUCGUGGAGGCCGCCAAGCCCACCAAGGUGCUGCCGCAGCUGCUGGGCCUCGUGCCAUACUUUCUGGGGCUCAUGGGCGAGGUAGGGGACGAGGAAGCGGGCGCAGGCGUCCAGGAGGUAAAGUGGUGA